AUGAUCGAGCUCGGCGGGACGAUUGGCGACAUCGAGUCCAUGCCAUUCAUUGAGGCCCUUCGCCAAUUGAAGUUCAACCUGCCCGAGAACUCGCUCGUUUGGUGCCACUGCUCCUACAUACCGAACAUGAGCGGCCAGAAGACCAAGCCGACACAGCACUCAGUCAAGACACUACUGGGCCUAGGUGUGCAGCCGGACCUCAUCAUCUGCAGAUGUCCGGACCCCGUGCUCGAGGAGACACGAAAGAAGAUUGCAAACCAGUGCAACAUUCCGGCGAAUCGUAUCAUCAGCGCCCAUGAUGUUACAAACCUCUUUCACGUUCCAGGCAUCUUCGCGCAGCAACACCUCAUCGGGGUGAUGAACGGCUUGCUAAAGCUCGAUCAACUGGAUGUCGCAAAGCCUUCGCCACUGAGUCGCGACAGAAAGAGCAUGCGGACCCUCAACGAUUGGGAUCGAUUUGCGAAGCACGUGGAUCAGGCUGAAAUUAGCAAACCUGUGACCAUCGCGUUCGUGGGCAAGUACAACAAAGGUGGUGGAGAUGCCUAUCAGUCCGUUCUCGCUGCUCUCAGUCAUGCCGCAGUCGCUGUCACAAGAAAGCUCAAAGUUGACUGGGUCGAUGCCACUGAGUUGGAAGCUCCCAGCAAAGACAGCCCGGACUACGAGGAGGAGAUGAAGCGAAAGGCAGCUGCUGAGGCACGGCUCAAAGCUGCCGAUGGCAUCUUUGUGCCCGGAGGCUUCGGCGAUCGAGGUGUCGCCGGCAAAACGCGUGCUGCCGGGUUGGCGCGAGAGUGGAAGAAGCCGUACCUUGGCGUUUGCUUGGGCAUGCAGGUCGCGCUAAUCAACUUCGCCAAAGAAGUCCUUGGCAUCCCGGAUGCCACCAGCGAAGAGUUCGACACCGCUGGAACGUCCAAGAAUCACGUGGUGAUCUUUAUGCCUGAGAUCUCCAAGGAUACCAUGGGUGCCAACAUGCGACUGGGCGCCAGAUGGGUGGAGUUCACGAAGCCCGAAGAGUCGUUGGCCUCCGCUCUCUACGGUGGCGCGAAUCGGGUCCACGAGCGACACAGACACCGUUACGAGUUCAACGUGGCUUUCAAGGAGAGGAUGGAGAAGAAGGGCCUGAUCUUCUCUGGCCAGGAUGAGAGCAAGGAGCGCAUGGACAUCAUUGAAAUGGCGACCAAGGAUCAUCCUUUCUUCAUGGGUGUGCAGUACCACCCAGAGUACAAGUCACGUCCUGGUCAGCCAUCGCCUCCCUUCUUUGGCUUCGUGGCGGCUGCCAGCGAGCCGGGACAG